AACACAAGAGCGUGUUUAACUCGAACCCUUAUUGUACAGUACAGGGAAGUCUUCAGUGAGCAAAACAAAAGCAAGCUAGCUAGCUGUAUAGAUUUCCUCUCAUUACACAGAAGUCAGACAUCUAGUUAUUUACUCAGUAUGGAAGAUCAGGAGAUGCAACUCAAAGUAAAACGAGUAACGGAUAAAUUUACGGAAAGCAUGUACGUGUUGGCCAACGAACCAUCGGUGGCACUUUAUCGUUUGCAAGAACACGUGAGGAGGUCACUGCCGGAGCUCGUGCAGCAUAAAACCGAUAUGCAGAGCUGGGAGGAACAGAGUCAGGGAGCCAUUUACACUGUGGAGUAUGCAUGCAGUGCAGUGAAAAGUAUGACAAACAGCAGCCUCUACUUCAAAAGCAUUGAGGGACUGCUCCGCCAGACCAUCAGCAUGAAAGACCACAUUAGCGCUACCCAAGGGCGCAGCUUUAGUGAAGCGACACCCCCUCCCUGCCCCCAUGACCCUUCACUGCCCCCAUCCUCCACCUCCUGACUUCUGAAGAGCUGUGUCCAAGGAAGAGAGCCGUGGAAGGCACCGGGCUGAAGGAGGGGGGAGAGAGGCACGGCUCUGGGGUCUGAAAGAUACUCCAGCUCCAGAGGACCAACAGCGGCAAACCUGGCAGCCAUCCCCAGGCACAGUGGAGCACUCCACCACUCUUAAGCACCAUCUGAAUUAUCCACCAGCCAAGCACCAGAAUAGAGAACCGCUUUCCCGGAAUGUUUUGCCACCUCUCUUGUGUGUGAGUGAGAGAAAGCAUACACUUGAAUGGGUAUUGAGGUGCAUGCCACUUAUAGGUGGUGAUUGAGGUGAGCCUCCCUCCUUUACAAUUAAGUACUUUGAAAUCAAUGAAAGGCCCUAUAUACUGUAUAUCCAGUUGAUUGUUCUUGCUCAGUUUGUUUUGAAGUGUUUGUGUUAAGUUCAGUUAAAGGCAGGGGACGUCCUUAAAAUGGCUGUGGUGUCCGAAUUGGUUUGACAUUCAUUCAUGCAGUCUUGCAGUGUUUUGGGAUUACUGAUGGCAGAACAGCAUUAAGUUACUCACAGUUACCUCAUUGUUUGGACUUUGGUGGAGGGUUUGGUGAGUAAAUCUGCUUUAGCCAGAUCAACAUUAGUAUUUGUACAGUUAUUUAUAAACUUAAGGACUGGAGUUUUAUUGAAUGUUUUAACCUGUGUAUAUUGCAAAGAAAAUCAACGAAUGCUUUGUUUAUAUGUGUAUGUUUAUUUACAUUGUGCAUUUAUUAAUAAAAAACAUGCCAAAAGUACAA